CCCACCCUGAUGUGGAAUAAAAGAAAGAGGAAGGUUGGUGAAGGGAAAGCAGUGAGAGUGCUCUGGACAUGGUUGUUUGAUAGGUGACAUUUGACCUGCUGUAUGACUUUGCCAUAAUAGUUAGUUUGCAGCUGUACACUUGUACAUAUUCCACUUUGCUCCUUUUGUUGUCUGUUCAUUGCGUUACUUGGUGCAACACGGACACGUAUGAAGAGCAACAUCCGUCAGCCGGAUAUGGGAUAUGAAGAAUUUCAUACCGCGUUAGGUUCUUCAGGUGCAAUGGACAACAGCAGCGCGGUGAAGCUUUUUGUAGGGAAUCUGGCGUUGGAAACAACUCAAGAUGACCUAAUAGCCCUUUUUUCCCCUUACGGAGAAGUGGAGACGAUUACUGUACUGAGACAGUUUGCCUUUGUCCAUCUGCAAGGAGAAGGGGCUGCUGACCGUGCCAUUCGUGAUCUGAAUGGUCGAGAGUUUCAUGGCCGCAACCUUGUAGUUGAAGAGUCCCGAGGCAGACCCCUAAACUCCAUCAAAGUAUUUGUGGGGAACCUCAGUGCUAUGUGCACAACUGACGACCUGCACGAACUGUUCUCUCGUUUUGGCAAAGUCUUGGAGUGUGACAAAGUAAAAACCAAGCUCUCUUCCUCAGCAGGCUAUGCUUUUGUGCACAUGGAGCGUAAAGAGGAUGCAGAGAAAGCCAUCGAGGCCCUCCAUGGGACCUCCUUCAAGGGCCGUCCACUUUCUGUGGAACUCUCAAAGGUUCAGCAGACCAAACCUGCAGCUGCCUCCAAGGUGCCCUGUGCGCGGUGUGGGGCGCAGGGCCACUUUGCUGGAGAGUGCCCUACCAGGCCGCCCAUGGAGCACCACCAAAGUCAGGCAGCUGUGCUGGCUGCGGCUGCAGCUGCAGCUGCUGGACUUCCCAUCCAAGUUCAGCAAUGUGUGCACAACUCUUUCUUCAACACCACAAGCUCAGACCCGACAUACACAGCGCUGAAGGGCCUGACUGAAGCCAGUGGGUCAGGAGGCAAACCGGUGAGUGCCGCAGUCUACGGUGCACUGGCGAGCCAGGUGUAUGGUGCUGUCGCUGACCAGGUGUACGGCUCAUCGGGCAGUCAGGCUACAGACACCCCUGCCUACCCUCCCGCGGUAGAGGUGGGCACCGCGGGCACUGCACCGGUGGAUCCUGCCUAUGGUGCAAAUUCCACCCUGUAUGCCAGCCCUGCCUAUGGGGCCAUCGGAGGAGCAGAGGCUGACCCCCAGGCCAUCUUUGAAGCUGCUCGGGCACGCUUUAUUGAGCAGGGCCAACAAGUGCUGGCAGAGCAGCAGGCUAUUACCAAAUCUGACCGGGAUCGAAGCCCGGUGAGGCGCUCAGCCCCUCUGCUGCCUGACCCAGUUCCACAGCCCAUCUCCCAGGCAAGGACCAAGCGCCGCGCCCUGCUCCCCACCCCGCCAGGCGGACCAGAACUGCCCACACCUAAAGAUGGCGACCCCAUUUCAAGAUGCUAUGCAGAGUAUGUUCAGCAGUACCAACAAUACCAACAGUACCAUCAAUACCAUCAGUAUCAACAGUACCAGUACAACUACUAUCCACCACCGCCACCCCCACCACCCCCGAUGCCUGUCAUGCCCAUACCGCCUUCAGGACCGAUGGAUGCCCAACAAUUAGCCGCCCCUGGAACCACCACGUCUCCAAGAGCAAUGAACCACAGACUGCCUUCAGUCUUUCAUUCCAACGCUGAGAGAUGGUGGGGUACAUGCACAAACAUACAUACACAACCAAAACAAUGUCCUUGACCCCUAGAGGCCUGGAUACACUAAACUGUCUUUGGUGAAGUGCAAAUGUGCUAUUAUUUUAUGGGGAAUCUCUGCUGUCUUGUGAUGGAAAUGACCUGGAAGAUCAGGGACUUGUUAGGGAGCUUGCAUUAGCAUUUAAGGGGUCUGACAAGUUGGCAAUAAGAGUCAAGAAAAUGUCUCUAGAGAUCCUGUUAUUACCAUUUGUCUUUGCAGUGUGUCGUGAGGUGAAUUGGAUGCUGUUCUGCGUAUGUUUUUUCAAGACUUCUGAUGAUAAACUCGUCAUGUAUCCAGGCCCUAAAGUUUGCUGAUGGUAGAGCUGUCUUCUAGUGUUCUGUGUCCCCACUCAUAACUAUGGUAGAGUGGAGAUGGGAGGGUGGCGGGGGGUGUAGCUCCUCACAGUGCACCAGGGCUCUACACAUGUGACUCCACACCUAAUCGCUACAUGUCUGUAAUGUUAUUUCAAAUAGUGCAUGACUCUUGUUACUCUUACUGCUCUUCCAGCCACGUUUUCCCUUUUCGCUAACUACAGCUAAAAUGGCUCCCGGGCCUCAGGACGCCAGGUUGCACAUGACGGGGGGAAGAGAAUUAGAGUCCCACAGUGGCACGGACGCACUCCCCACUAAGGUAAAGCCCUCUGCCCCCGAUCACGCCUGCACCUCGACAGUACACGUGCCCUCAGUGAUCCUACUGCAACUGUUGGAAACCUGCAGCUCAGAUCCAACUUCUGAGGCUGAAAACCCUAAAUCUAACCCAGUUGUAGAACUGUAGCAGUGCCACUGCUCAGGGUUAAUCAAAGUGAUGGCUUGCAGAAGCAGAGGAACCCAGUCCUUCAGCUCAGGCACACAAGUACCCCACAUGGUCUUGGUUUGUUGUCUGCAAGUUUUUAUUUUUGUUUGUUUUGUUUCCCCCCCGCCUUAUUCUAUUGCUUGAAAAGUGAAAACCCUCAUGGUUCACCCUGAAGAUCAGCUAUGAGACCAUAUUGUAUAGCGAAAAAUCUUUGGGCUUUGGUGGCGCGUUUUUUGUUUUAUUUUUUUUUGGUGUAUUUUUCCUUUCUCACAAAUGUUAUUGGUGGGAACGUUUGAGGCUAGGGAAAUUGUGGACUUGUUGCCUUGGCUUGUUCUAUGGCAUUUGGUCUUUUUGAAGCAUUUCCAGUAAGACGAGACAAGACGUGCACUCGCGCUCAAAACUGAGGCGCCCCGGCUGUGCUUUGAACCGUUACGAAGACAGCAUAGCUGUAAGGGCGCAGUGCUGUUGGAAAGGCGAGAGGUAGGGCCGUCGCCUGGUAGGUGAGUAACCAGUGCGUCGCUGUCCCACUCAAACCUAUUCCUCCCUUCGGACCCCAACAAUAUACCUACCCCUAUCACUCUCAUCUUUUAAGAUCCUGUACAUCUACACUUUGUAGCCCAAGGAGAAAUGUGCUUUCUCAGUUCUACACAAAGCAUCCAGAACCAGGACUGGUUAAAAGGAGUUGCUGGAGUUCAACUGUAUCAUGACUUCCAAGAACUUUUUUUUUUUUAAUAUAAAAGAUGUUGGACUAUCAAUUGAUGGAGGUCUGUGGAAUUUAAUCUGAAAGUUCUUCGGUGUCUGAUGCUCUUAUCAUUUUUGCCAGUCUUAAAAUGCGUAUCACUAAACAGUCCACCCCACACCCUCUCAGUUCACAAAAUAAAACAAAUUCCAACCGAUUUAAUAGUAAAACACAAUUUUCACUUUAAACUCUAGUUCAGGCUUAUGGUCUCUCUGACCAUGCUGUAGCUGAGGUUGAACAUCAUCUUGUUCACUAAUACUGUGUCACUGAAUCAACGUGCUUCAUCUGAGUUUGGGUUGAAAAAAUUGAUAUUGCUUAUGAUUAAUUUAGAUCAGGAAAUAAUGAUUCAGGGAAAUUGCAGUAGUUGAAUAAAAUGUUAUCACUUUCGUUAGGCUUUGUUUACUGCUUUUGCUGCUGUCCUUUCCUUGUUUUUUCAUGUUUUAUUGUUUCAAUUGUUUUGUAGGCCUGUUCUGAUAUUGUAAAAUUAAAUAAAUGAUUUUCAGCAUUCA